AUGCAUGCUUGCUCUGAUGAUGUUUGUCACGGCGGUACAGAAGAACAGCUUAGACCGGGUUACUCCGUUUCGCAGGCCGGUGGGAUGAGCACCUCUCAGAACAAUCCGACACUCUUCACUCCUCCAAGGCGAUCCUGUUUCGGUUUU